CUGAAAAGCUCUUUACGCGUCACGCUGUUAUCUCUGAGUCACAGCAAAGAUGAGCUACGGAGACCGCUUCACGUCGUCCUCCUACCGGAAGAUUUUCGGUGAUUCUCCAAGAUUCCCUGUCGCCUCCUCUCGCAUGAGCAGCGGGUCUCCGCGGGGCUCCCCGGGGCUCCGGUCCAUGGCUGCGCCUCGCAACAGCGCGUCCUCCGCGAGUCUGUACAGACGGGUGGGACGGACCAAUUUCUCUCCGGUGCCGACCGCCUCCCUGGACUUGACUCAGACCUCCGUGGUCAGCAAUGAGUUCAAAGUGAUUAGAACCAACGAGAAGGAGCAGCUGCAGGGUCUGAAUGACCGCUUUGCCAUGUUCAUCGAUAAAGUCAGACACCUCGAGCAGCAGAAUAAAGUGUUGGAGACGGAGCUGGUGACUCUGAGACAGAAGCAGAGCGAGCGGCCCCGCAUCGCUCAUCUCUACCAGCAGGAGAUGAGGGACCUGCGCUCACAGCUGGAGGAGCUCAACAGGGAAAAGAACCGAGUGCUGAUUGAGAGGAACAACAUGGAGGACGAGCUGCAGAAGCUAAAUGCAAAGUACGAUGAGGAGGUGAGAGUACGGGAAGAAGCCGAACAGACCCUGAGGUCCUUCAGGAAGGACGUGGAUGAUGCCGCAGCCGUCCGCCUGGACCUGGAACGCAGGGUGGAUUCGCUGAUGGACGAAAUCUCCUUCCUCAAGAAAGUGCAUGAAGAGGAAAUCGAGGAGCUGAGCAGCAUGAUGGAGGCGCAGCAGGUCUCUGUGGAGCUCGAGCUCGCCAAACCGGACCUCACCUCCGCUCUGAAGGAGAUCCGUAACCAGUAUGAGACCAUUGCCUCCAAGAACCUGCAGUCGGCUGAGGAGUGGUACAAGAACAAGUUUGCGAGCCUGAGCGAGCAGGCCACGAGGAGCAGCGAAGCCAUGAGGGCCAGCAGGGAGGAGCUCAAUGAGUUCAGGAGGCAGCUGCAGUCCAAGACCAUCGAGAUAGAGACCCUGAGGGGUGCCAACGAGUCUCUGGAAAGGCAGAUCGCAGAGAUGGAGGAUGCACACAAUGCUGAAGUCACAGCAAUGCAGGACACCAUUAGCCAAACGGACACUGAGCUGAGGAACUUGAAGAGUGAGAUGGCUCAUCAUCUGAGAGAGUAUCAAGACCUGCUCAAUGUCAAGAUGGCCCUGGACAUAGAGAUAGCUGCUUACAGGAAACUGCUGGAAGGCGAGGAGACUCACUUUAACUCAGGGAUGUCCUUCAGCUAUACCUACCAACCUCGAGCCUCAUCCAGCUCCUCCAGGAGGGAGAAAGAAGGAGCCACGAAGGAAAGUUUCAAGGACAUCAGCGAAGACAAAGAUGAGGCAGACAUCAACUCCAACAACUGAAGACAGAGGGAAACUCUGACACCAGCGUAGUUGUUAGGUGCAAAACUAAUGUUCUGGAAGUAGAAUUUAAAGUCAGCAUUUUGAGUAAUAGUCAAUAUACUGUAUUAGAAGUUUUUGUUGCAGGCUUAAAUAUUUGAGCCAUCUGCUUUUCUUGAAGUGUAAUCUCCAUCAGUAACCAAAGGGAACUAACCUGACAAUCUGCUCUGCUCUGCACAUCUCCAGAGGGAGUGAACAUGUUACGAAUACUGUACCACAGUAAGCAUUAGCCCGAGAAUUAAAUGUUAAUGGGAAAGCUUUCA